CUUUGCUGCCCCCCCCCAGGACCCCCAGCCCCCCCGGCGAGGUGUCCCCAGAGCCCCCCCCGGCGCUGCCGUCGCUGUCCGAGUCACUGCUGGGCUCCGACGAGGGGGAGCAGGAGGACCCCCGGGAUUACUGCAAAGGGGGGUAUUACCCGGUUCGGAUCGGGGACCUUUUCCACGGGCGCUACCACGUGGUUCGCAAGCUGGGCUGGGGACAUUUCUCCACCGUGUGGCUCUGCUGGGACCUCCGGAGGAAACGUUUCGUGGCGCUGAAGGUGGUGAAAAGUGCCCCCCAAUACACGGAGACGGCCCUGGACGAGAUCAAACUGCUGAAAUGUGUGCGGGAUUCAGACCCCAGCGACCCCAACCGUGAGAACAUCGUGCAGCUCAUCGACGACUUCAAGAUUUCCGGGGUCAACGGUGUCCAUGUUUGCAUGGUGCUGGAGGUGCUGGGGCACCAGCUGCUGCGCUGGAUCAUCAAAUCCAACUACCAGGGGCUGCCCCUGCCCUGCGUCAAGAGCAUCGUCCGGCAGGUUGGGGG